AUGAAAAUCAUCUACGCGUAUAAAAAGGAGCACUACGAACUGGAGGUCGACGAGGGGAAUGCUGACGAUUACGUCAUCGACGCGUUGGAAAAAAAUUCGAAAAAGUGCAGCUGCGAUGGUUUGCCUUACGACAGUGAGACGCAGGUGGAGUUUCUGAAUUUAUGGCAGUUCCACACGGGAAGGGAAGUGAAUUUUGCACGUGAGAGACCAACUGGUAGGAAAACGCACGUGGGGAGAACUACCCAGCUGGGUAGCGAUGAUGAAGGACAAAACGAAUCGCUGCUAAAUUAUGUGAGCUAUUUCGAGAAGGAAGGGUACAUCGUCAAAGAGGGAGACAUUUAUGGAGCACAUUUUUUACUUUACCUAGAUGGUGAGCAAUAUACCCACGCGGUUUACGCUGUGUAUGCUGUGCGUAGGGACCAUGUGAUUAGGGACCUCAUUCGUAUGUUGAGGGUAUCACGUAGCGUGAAAAAAAACGUCAUCUUAAUAUUGCUGACAGGCAGAGAAGCAGCGGAUCUGUCAGAUAACCUCGUUUACGUGAAGGUUUACUCUUAUAAAUAGGGGUCCCUCAGGGUGGUGCUGGUUGGAAGGGGGGAAGGACCAGUGAAUCCGCAGCUGUCUUCAUGCGUGUGGUUUUGUAUACCUUCCUAGGUAGUGCCCUCUAUCCGUACAUUUUGCUGUACUGCAUUUUUCUGUACUUUGCUUCGUUUUGCUUUGCCCUAACUUUUUUGCACAAUAGGCAUCGCUAAAGGGAGCGAAGUUUCACCGUAACAGCUCCCACAAACGUAUCGCGACAGCAUUUAUAGUGUGUCCUCUGAGGAAGAAAACCCCAAUGUCGAAAUUGACAAAUGUUAACCCAAUUAAAAAUUUGUGUGCGGUGAAGGAAAACCCGUUUUUGUUGCAAAUUGGGGGCAACGAAACGUCCGAAAAGGCGAAUACGCAGAGGGAUAAAUCCGUUCGGCUUGCUCAGCC